GCUAAGGUCGAAGAAAAUGCGAGGAAAAUGAUUUAAUGUCAAUUGUACAAUAUAAUUUAUAUUUUAUAUUUAAAAAAACCGAGAGUUCGGUUGUGUAACUGAAUUUAAUCAAUAAAUUUCAAAUAAAUUUUUUUCAGUUUUCUUCGAUAACAAACUGCAAUGCAUUCGUGUCGACAAUUAUUAUACAGCCCAGCCCGGUGGAAAUGUGCUUUACCCGUCAAUUUAAAACCUACUGUAAUUACUUGCCAGCCUGACCAGUUUACAGUACUAGAAUGGCGGAGUUAUUCUGCACGAAAAGGAUUCUUCUCUUCAAUCAUCGAGAACAUCAAAGAAGAUAUCGCCAAAAACAAAGAGAUGAAAGAAAAUAUCAAGAAAUUCAGAGAAGAAGCACAGAGGCUUGAGAAUUCCGAAGCGCUGCAGGCAGCACGGAGAAAGUUCCACGCGGUUGAAUCAGAGGCUUCAAAAGGCUCAGAAGUCCUUAAAGACACUUUGGAAGGAAUUAAGGGGAAAGUUGAGCAUGUUUUGGAGGAGGCUAGUAAAACAGAGUUUGCUAAAAAGGCUGGAAGGAUAACCGAAGAUAUAUCGAAAACAGCUAAAGAUGCAGCUGAGAGCAUAGCCGACAAGAGCCAGAAGCUUGGACAGACAUCUGCGUUUAAGACUAUAUCACAGGCGACAGAAGUAGUAAAGAAUGAGAUGGCGUCGCGAGGACUGGAGGGCCGAGUGUACACAUCGCCGAUUACAUUGCGGAAACGGGUUGAGGUGGCCGAAGACGAACGCACUUUCGCUCCUGACACUGAAACUCUUGGCCUGGAACUGCACAAGGACUCGAAGUUCUACCAGCAGUGGGAGAACUUCAAGAACAACAACCAGUAUGUCAACAAGGUUCUGGAUUGGAAAAUACGUUACGAAGAGUCUGACAACGCAGUGGUAAAAGCAUCCCGAUUCAUCACCGAGAAAGUAAGCAGCCUUUUUGGCAAUUUGUUCGAGAAGACGGAACUCUCUAAAACCCUCACCGAGAUAUGCAAGAUCGAUCCCAACUUCACAGCACAGAAGUUUCUAGAAGACUGUGCUAACGACAUCAUACCGAACAUUCUAGAAGCAAUGGUGCGCGGCGACUUGGAAAUACUAAAGGAUUGGUGUUACGAAGGAGUAUAUAAUAUUUUGUCCUCACCAAUUAAACAGUGCAAGCAACUCGGUUACCGUCUGGAUUCUAAAAUCCUUGAUAUAGAACAGAUCGAGCUAGUCAUGGGAAAAAUGAUGGACCAAGGACCAGUCCUGGUCAUCACAUUCCAGUCCCAACAGAUCAUGUGUGUCAGAGACAGCAAGAACAAUGUCAUAGAAGGCGACCCUGACAAAGUCAUGAGGGUAAACUAUGUGUGGGUUCUCUGCAGGGAUCCCCAAGAAUUGAACCCCAAAGCGGCCUGGAGACUCCUAGAGUUGUCUGCGAACAGUGUUGAGCAGUUAAUUUAGGUGUAGUUGUUGUUCAUAGUUUAAUUAAAUCGUUGGAUGUUCAACUCAUGUUUUAGUACUUUUCCUGUCCCAAGAAAAAUAUCAUUUAGGGAAAAUUCACGUAAGAAGAUAAAUUUAUUAUGCAAGAUUUCAUAAUGUAAUUAUUCAAAGAAUUUUCAUUUCAGUCAGAAAACCAGUCGAAGUAACUAUUAGUAAUUGACCUCAUUUGAUUUUCAAUGUUAGUUAUAUUUUAAGUAUUGUUUUGUAAAUUACAUGGGCGACCUAGCUUUGCUCAGUAUUAAAUAAAAUACUUAUAAUUUUCUCAGGAGAGAAACCUAUCUUGAUAAACUUGGUAAAACAUUAAUUAAAUACAAAAUUUAACCAAAUCACCAGAAAUGAGAAAUCACCAGAAGAGAAACCAAUUAAUUAUAUGUACAUAUAAGUACAAUGCAGUUACAUAUACAAUACAUUUAUACAAGAAUUGCUACAAGUAUCACUUAAAUUAACACACUUAAUCACUUAGCAUAAUUUUUUUAUGGAAAUAUAACUUACCUAGCGAUCUAAGAGAAACGUACUUUAAGAGGUAUUAUGUAUGGACUAGACAUUAAUAACUAUAAAGACUAUGUAAACAUAUUGUAUGCUAUGGAUGCAAGAAAAUGUCUAAUUAAUCCAUCCUUGUUACAUUUGUGAAACAAUGUUUUAGAUAAAUUCGAAUGGGUUCAAUUAAAAAGUACGAAUGACGAAUUUUUUGUUAUACUUUUAGAUUGGUCAGUAUCCGUUUAAUUUUUAUACAUUUUCUAGCUGUUCCCCGCGACUUCGCCCGCGUGAAUUUUUUUUGCGUGGAAUCCAAAAAUAAGAGCAACCAUGUUACUCCUUAUAACAUCAACUAUCUGCCAUUGAUAGUCCAAUCAAAAUUGGUUCACAGGUUUUUGCGUGAUGCGUGUUCACGCCAAAAUAGCUUGCAGAUGACAGAUUUUUUUCAGACUUACUUAACAUUUAUCGUUAUAUUUUAGCCAAAUUACACAAUAUUUUUAUGAAUUAUAGCUUAUGUGUUAUUCUGAUGUAUAUGAUAUUAUAUAAUUGUAAAGUUUCAUUUAAAUCCAUUUAGUAGUUUUUGCGUGAAAGAGUAACAAAUAUCCAUCAUCAAACAUCGUCACAAACUUUCACAUUGAUAAAGGAUCAGUAGAAAGAAAAUGUUUUAACACUUCUCCAUUUCAUAUUACAUCUGUAAUUAUUCACUGUGUAGAUUCUGUAAAUAAACACAUGUGGAAAUAUUUCGUUUUAUAUUUAACUUAUUUAAUUAUCGUUAUUUUACUUCAAUAUCUGUUCUUAUUAUACCCUUAUACUUUCAGAAUAAGGUUUUCUUAUCGGAAAUGACUUAACAAUUUUUUGCAACUAUGUAGUUAUAAACAGAAUAUUUAAACCACCAAUGUGCGACUACCAAGGCUACCACCUGCGCCUUUCCCCUGGUGUUGCAGUUGUUCAUGGGCGAAGGUCACCAUCAAUUGAGUCGCAUACUCGUUAGCCCCCUCUCCUGUAAAAAAAAUUCAAAUUCAAAUUUUUUCAAAUUCAAAUCGUUUAUAUAUAUAUUAAAAAUCCGCUGCAGUUUUUUUAGAGUGUAUAAAUCACUAGUUUCUGUUUUGAUUAAACGUUUAUGUAAUG